CACACACACACACACACACACACACACACACACACACACACACACACACACACGUCUGCAGUGUGACGGGAUUCAAAAGAUUCCACUGACUCAGGAGCCUCUGACAGAGGGGGGACGGACGCUGGGUUUUCCCAUCGGGAACGUGUUUAUUUAUUUUCGGGGAGACAUAAAUGUGUGUUGGAAGUCUGAAGUGUCUCUCGGUGUUUUGUCUCGGGAAAAGAGCCGCGCACUUUUGUCCUUCCUCCUAAGGACGCACGGGACGUUUCGGAGCUGAAAGCGGCCACCAUGGAGCGCGUUCCCACCGGUAAAAGUGUCUCGGAGCCGUGUGGUGGACACACACGGGGACUGUAGCGGUUCGGUGUUUGUCCAAGUAGCUGCUGAGCAGUGUUGACCGUUUCUGAGGUUCGGUUGGAGUCCGGGAUGCCCGUGAGGAACAGGUACAACCUGGUGGACGAUGUGGCGGAUUCCCGGCUGCCGCUGCACAACGAGGAGGCUUACCAGCACGGGAUUUCCUUCCAAGCCAAGUACGUAGGGAGCCUCGACGUGCCCAGACCCAACAGCCGGAUGGAGAUUGUGGCAUCCAUGAGGAGAAUCAGGUAUGAAUUCAAAGCCAAGAACAUCAAGAAGAAGAAGGUCAGCAUUGUGGUGUCUGUGGAUGGAGUCAAGGUGUCUUUAAGGAAAAAGCAGAAGAGAAAAGAAUGGACUUGGGAUGAAAGCAAAAUGUUGAUCAUGCACGACCCAAUCUACAGGAUUUUCUAUGUAUCCCACGAUUCCCAGGACUUGAAGAUCUUCAGCUACAUUGCCAGAGAUGGUUCCAAUAAUUCCUUCAGAUGUAACGUCUUCAAGUCUAAAAAGAAGACGCAGGCCAUGCGUAUUGUGCGGACAGUGGGUCAGGCGUUCGAGGUGUGCCACAAGCUCAGUUUGCAGCAUGCUGAGCAGGACGCUGAUGGACAGGCGGACGGAGAGAACGACAAGUCCACGGACAAGCCUAGCAGCCAUGAUGGUGAACUAACAGGAGCAGAGCAAGAGGAAAUAGGUGAAAGCGGCAAACAUGGAGGGGAAGAUUCAGUCGUUGGUGUCUCACUGCGCGAGAAGGCCGUCAGUGAGAUCCUGCAGAGCCUGGCUGAGCUGAACGUCGUCAAACCUGGACAGACCAUCAUGGAUAUUGAUGGAAAGUCUGUCUUCACUGUGACGUCCCAAGGCGUUUCACCCAGCAGCCCUUGCUCUCCGUCUGUCACUCCGCUGGCUUCGCAGCACUACCUGCAGCUCCUUCAGCAGCAGCUCCAGCAGCAGCAGCAGCACACACAGGUGGCCGUCGCUCAGGUGCAGCUGCUGAAAGACCAGAUAGCAGCAGAGGCCUCUGCUCGUAUGGAGGCUCAGGCCCGCAUCCACCAGCUCCUGCUGCAGAACAGGGACCUGCUGCAGCACCUGGCCCUGCUCGUUCAGCAGCUAAAACAGAUGGAGGCUCGCUCCAUCACAACGGCGCAGGCGGAGCAGCUGCAGGAGACUCGAGCCAACGAACACGAUGGUCAACAGUCCCUAUGCAGCUCUGUUCCUAUGUCAGUAAAACCCAUCUCCUUGAAUCUGAAGACUACUUACAAUCAGACCCAGGAUCAGCUCACCACCUCUGCACGUGCAUGGCCACUACAGAUCUCACUGCUCUCCCCCGCCCAGGUGGACUGUGCAGAGUCCUACCUGAACCUGCUGAACCUGGAGAACAGCUCUAAACCAGCAGCCUCGCUGACUGAAAUGGACCCGGUCAUCAGGGCCAACGGCACCGUAGACAACACGGAGAUCUGCGACGGUGAGAUCGUCCAAUUCACGUUGAGGAACUCAACCAUCAUGGAUGAAAAGUGUAAACAGAUAAUACCGAAACUCGACCCUCCUCCACCUUCCACGAAUCACAAGAGGGCCAGCAGGACAUUUUCUCCGGGGUCAGAGGUCACGGCUGCACCCAUACCCGCUAACGAGGCAGCCCCGAGCCGCAGCAGCAGCCUCUUCUUCCCGGACUUCACCCCCAGCUCUCUGUCCUACAAUGACUUUCACUCCCUCAGCAACGGUGAGAGCAGCUCCUCUUCCUCUAGCGAGGACUCGGGUGUCCGCUCAGAGACCAAAUCCCUUCUGUCUCCCCGCCGCGAUGACGACGACCUGUUCGGGGAUCGCGGGACAUUUUUAACAGCCUCUAGCAGCUGUGCAAGUCCCCUGGAUGAAAGAGGCGGAGCGGUUCUCUCGUCCUCAGAGACGACUUCUGUCGAACCCAACGCCAUAGACUCGCGUACAGACAACUAUGAUGGCUUGGUGCCCUUCUCCUCACCAAUGAACAAUACCUGCCUUCACAUCAGUCUGUCUGAGGAUGAACUUCUAGAGGGAAGCCUGGAGGACACCCAACUACGUUAGGUCUUUUGGACACUUUCUUCAUGUUCCUCAACCGAAUGGGCAAUACCCCACGGAGCCCCGGUUUGACACAUCACAACUUUUGAACUAGCCGAAUCAUUUCCGGGUCAUAACGUUAUGGCGCUUUCAUAUCUGGGCCAGCACGGACUCUCAACCGUGAGGAUAGAUGCAGCUUCAGUCAGAGGCGACGUUGACUUCUUAGUGUCCAGAGUCAUAAAUAAUCACGCAUGCAGGAAGCUCCCACUGCUUGAUUCCAUCCGCCAAUCGGAGGCUCCCUCUAACAGUAGGUGUGUAUUUGAGCCGGCCAAUCAGGUGGUAGUGGGUUUGUUGGACCUGUUCAGCCCAAAGUAGACCUCCUUGGUAUGUGGGCCAAAAAACCGACUGGUUGAGCUUGAAAAAAUACAAGCUACCUAGAUAUGAACACUACCCAGUCUUGUCCACGCUGGCCCAGAUCUGAAAGCACCAUUAAUGUUCUCUAUAGCAUUAGUAUGCUAUCGCUGCAAGACCUGCAGAGGAUAACGAUCAACAACGUACGCCGGAUAAUCUAGGCCAUAUGAAAGACGCCACAAUCAAAUAUAGACAAUGAUUUUAAAUUGUAUGUGUUUACUGACAUUCAUUACUAUUAAGGUAAGUUAACAAGCUUUUGCCUGCAGUUGCUAAAUGAUACUUGCUAGUUCUCUACUAGCACAGUGAGGAAGCAAUGCUAACAAAGUUAGCAGAGUUAUCGUUUAAGAAAUGAAAAACUUGUUUUGUUAACCUAUCUCUCUGGUAACAUUGUUAGCAUUGCUUCAACACCAUGCUAACUUUGGCUAGUAAGGAGCUAGCAUCAUUUAGCAAGCCAAAGUAGAAGCUUGUUAACUAGGGUGACCAUACGUCCUCUUUUCCGCGGACACGUCCACUUUUCACUGUCCGGGGCGUCCAGGCGGGUUUCUUGUAUUGAUGAAAAUGUCCGGUUUUUCAUCCAGGAGCAGGGAUCAAAUUAUGGGGGGCUGGAUAUCCUACACAUCCAGGGAGAGCCAGAAAAAAGGUUUCUACCUAUGUUGCAUCAUUUAUAUGGACUCGGCGUACCGAGGGUUCUUUUGAGCGGAGAGCACCGAGAGCGGCAGAGCGCUGAUGGUGCGCUCCGGGCAGCUGCGUCCAGCACACGGUCCAUUCUAAAAGUGGCACAGCCAAAAAACGAUCAAUAACUCAUGAUCGUUCAUGUCGGCACAUGUUCUCUACUUUCUGUCUUAUUUGUGCCUGAAGCGCUCUGCUACUGCGGAGCUCAUCACCUGUGCUGCGGUGAUUUCACCUCACUGAUGCAGCAUCGAAAUGCGCACUCCGCUUUGCGGUCAGGAGAUCCUUUUGAUCUGGUUGGUUCGAAAGUAACUCGUGAGGUGAAAAAGUAAGAAUCCAGGCAGCAGUUUUUCUGGAUACUUUAGAGGAGAUGCAGGAAGAUGAGAGACAGACAGGACAGGAAAAUAUAGUUAAAUAAAAACAAGAAAACAACAAAGUGUUGAAAAGUAAAAUGUAGGUAGUACACAUUUUUACCUGUAUAAAACAGUGAGUUAUACACAUGUAAUAUUUAUACAUCUGAUACAAUUCAGAUCACCUUCAAAACUCAGUCACACACCCAGGGCCGUUUCAAGGCAUUUCGGGGGCCAAGGCAAAACAGAACACCCCCCCACUCCCAUAACUGUGCUCCCCAGAAGCCUCUGUGUAAUUCAUACCCUCUCCAGUAGUGUUAGUUAUACAGUGUUUAUAAAAGCCCCUCAGACAUUACUGACUUGUUCUAAUGUUAUCAGAUGAAAAACUAAAUUAUCAGACAUGCUGUCUCAUCUGCUGCUUUUCUAAACUUGCUAAAAGUAACAAAACCAUUUGAAAGCCACUAUUUGUGGAUUCUCUGAAAGUUUCCAUGGAGUGUGUGACAACUUAUUUUUUCAUUGAUCCUAUCAUCUAAUCUCACAGCUGAAACAAGCACCCUUAAUAAUCUGUGCACAGGAAGUUUACCAAUGCUGUAGUAAAACAAAAGGUAUAAUAAUUUAUUAUUUAUUAAACCUUGUUGCAACACUAAAGCAGCAGAAAAAAUGAGAUUUUGCAAUACAUAUGUAAAUUAUUUACAUAUGAAUUGUUUUAGAGCCUUUUUGUUGGAAGAUUCUGAUAUUAAUUAGCUCUUACCAAAAAAUGGGUCUCAGCGUGGUUUGUGUGGCGUUGCCAUAGUGAGACGUCAUAGGCACAGAUCCCCUGUCCUCUUUUAUGGAAAUGGAAAUAUGGUCACCCUAUGUUAACUUGCCUUCAUAAUGUGUGCAGGUGGAAAAUAGUUGUCUUUCUGUGAAUGUUUAAAUAUGUCCUGGAUUAUCCUGAUGAUCGUUAUCCUUGGCAGGUCCUGACACAACCACUUAACAAACACAACAGUGCUGCAACCCCGAUGUGAUUCGGCUGGCUAAAAAGUCAGGAAGGGGUCUAAACCCUAUUCAAACCUGUACUCUAUCAAACCCUUCUAUUUUUGCACAGGAUGUUCGAUUCAGGACCUCAGAUGUUCCAUUCACCUGUAAUCCAGUCACUUAAAACACGCUGCUGCAUAAAUUAUUAGCUAAUCAAUAGAUUUAGUACUUUUUAAUGAAACUUCCUGAUCAAAAUUUUAGAAACUAGAGUGUUAAGCAGACAACUUGUAGCGAUAAUUCUACUUUUCAAGUCACAUCAUGUAGUAGAAAUCAGAGCUAGCACCUGCCUUUAUUUUGCUAGACUUUUUGUUUGAUGUUUCACUGUGAUGCGAACAGUUGUGCAAAACCACGUUUCACUGAGAGAAAUGGGGCUGGGUAGUGGGAAGGGGUCGAACAGGUGGGGGUGAUGUUGGGAAAAGUUUCAGCACCCGGCAGGGUGGGGACUGGAAAGAAUGAAACGAGGAAGUUAGCGAAGGGGCAAAGGAAAGGUAAAAACAAGCCGAUCCAGUUGGGUGUUAGGUUCCUAAAGUUUGUGUUUAAAGUCUUUUUAUAACGUUAGAAACAAGUUGGUGUCAACUUCAUAUUUGUUCAAAUGUUUUUAAAUUAUUGACCUAAAUGUGACACCGGAAACAUUAGACUGAAACUCAAAGUAGAACUUGAUGUUUGGACACUUCUGCAUUUAGCUGGGUUCUCCAUUCAUUACGCGCGUGUGUAUUUAGCAAUAGAACACCACUGGUGUGAGAGCUUCUCUGCUCAGCAAUAUCAGAGAGGGAGAAACAGCUGACUGCUACCACUUCAACUACCAGAGUCCCAAAAUACAAACGCCAUUUGAAGUCACAGACAACAAAAUAAAACCACAACUGGUGUUUCCUCUAGCAAUGUGCAUUCCAUCUGGUGGACGUGGAGGAUGAUAGUCGGCGGGAGUGGUGAGUGAGUGUUCUAUGAUAGUUUACGUUUAAAAGCUAGCUUGUUUUGUAGAUUUGUCAUUGCAGCUUCAAUACUUUAACCAUCUGUAGUCGGGUCACGGGGGCAGCAGCGUAAAGCCUAAUUUAUACUUCUCCAUCAGCUUCACAAAGGAGAGACACGCACGGAUGGAGACGUUUAGCUCUCGGACUUUCUCAUCUCCUGGGGAGUGCUUCAAAGCAACUCCCCGCCAGGACAACAGAGGGCGUAGCGCUGUACUGUGGUAUUCCUGUUAUGUAUCCCGUCCAAGGUAGUGCAUUUACUAUUGAGUUGAUAUUGUGGGUUUUUUUUUGUAUAUAACCCUCCCACUGUCCUAAUGGGCGUGACCCUGCGAGGAAAGUUGACCAUUGGUUUAUCCCACGUGGCAGGGGUGAGGAGUGAGCACCACCUCACCCCUGCCACGUGGACCUCAAGGGAUAAACCAGCAGUCCUGCUCAAUGGUCAACUUAAAACAAAUAGGAGACUUUUUAACACAAAUUUGUCCUUCAUCCUCCUCCACCUCUUCAUGCACUCGCCAACUCUUAACCCAUAUUUCCCAUCUCUUCCAUCCACGAAUAAAACGCUCACUGCGCAUCUUUUCACUCUUCCAGUCACAGGGGAAUAAAACAUUCAUAUUUUUCGAGUUUUUCCGUGAGGUAUUCUUUUAAGCUGCUCCGUGUCUGCCACUAGAUAUUCUCGGCUCUGUUUAUAUUUUUGAGGGUGCAAUGGCGGUGCUGUGGAUGACAGUGGUGUCCUGACCAAUCCCAAGCUUGCGUUCUCCGUCUCGUGAAAUAGAUGUUUAGAAAACAGAGCUCGACUCCGUCCGUCCUUGCAAGGGUUCUCCAGCAGACUCGCAAGGAUGGCCAGCUGAGAGACAUAGGCUCUCCAGCGUGUCCUGGGUAUUCCUUUAGGUCUUCUCCUGGUUGGAGGUGCCUGGAAAACCUCACCAGGGAGGCGUCCGGGAGGCAUCCUACCCUAAUGCCCGAGCCACCUCAACUGGCUCCUGUGGAGGAACAAUGGGUCUACUCUGAGCCCCUCCUGGAUGACCGAGCUUCUCACCCUAUCUCUAAGGGAGAGCCCAGACACCCUAUGGAGAAAACUCAUUUCGGCCGCUUGUGUCCGUGAUCUCGUUCUUUCGGUCACUACCCAAAGCUCGUGACCAUAGGUGAGAGUAGGAACAUAGAACGACCGGUAAAUCAAGAGCUUUGCCUUCUGGCUUAGCUCUCUCUUCACCACGACAGAUCAGUACAACGCCCGCAUCAGUGCAGACGCAGCACCAAUCCGCUUAUCGAUCUCACGCUCCAGCUUUCCCUCACUUGUGAACAAGACCCCAAGAUAAUUAAACUCCUCCACUUGAGGCAGGACCUCCUCCCUGACCUGGAGAAGGCAUUCUACCCUUUUUCGACUCAAGACCGUGAUCUCAGAUUUAGAGGAGCUGAUUCUCAUCCCGGCUGCUUCACACUCUGCUGCGAACCGCUCCAGCGAGAGCCGGAGAUCACGGAGAAAAACUCCCAGAAAAGUAAAGUGUCUUGUCGCUCAGUAGCAAGAUGGUAAAGAGAAAAAUUUGGUCGAAAAUGAAAAAAUAAUUAUGAUAAAAUUGUAAUUUCACUUUAAAUAAAUAACGAUAUGAUAUUGCCUUAUUGUUCGUCCCUAUUUUUAUCCUUUUCAUACGCUGGCCUUGAAACGUCCACCUUGGUAUGCAGUCUGUGGUCGAAACUCUUGAAAACAAUAGGAUUUAUUUUAUAAAAUGGAAACAUUUUAUUUUAGAGAAACAGUAAAGCAAUAAGAAUAUCCUCCAAUAUCCGUAAAGGAAACUAUCAGGCUAACUUCCAUCCAUCCAUUUUCGUAACCUGCUUUUUCCACGCAGGGGCGCGGGAGGCUGGUGCCCAUCUCCAGCAGGUGGGGAUUGCCCAGGGCAACACAAAGACACACAGGACAAACAACCGUGCACACACACUCAAACCUAAGUACAAUUUAGAGAAAACCAAUAAACCGAUCAUAAUUUUGGACGGUGGGAGGAAGCCGGAGUACCUGGAGAGAACCCACGCAUGCACAGGUAGAACAUGCAAACUCCAUGCAGAGAGACCCCAGGCCAGGCUGUGAACCAUAGACUGUACAUAUACU